AAUUGAAUAUAUAACAACAAAACCCCUAUUCCCAUCAUCAUACAAUUGUUUUCUCAACCACAUAUGGCUGAUUUUUCAGACUACCUUCUUCUUUUCUCUCUCUUUUUAGCCUUCUUCCUCUUCAUUCACGCCAUCCUCUUCCGAACCCGAACGGAAAAGCUUCGUCGUCCACCGAGCCCACCGUCGUUGCCGGUGGUUGGCCACCUCCACCUCCUUGGUCGAAUCCCUCACCAAGCCCUUCACAAAUUGUCAUGUCAAUAUGGACCAUUAAUACAUCUCUUCUUUGGCUCUAAACCUUGUGUUAUUGUCUCCAAUUCAGAAAUGGCUAAACAAUUCCUCAAAACUAAUGAAUCCUCCUUUCUAAACCGACCCAUUAGACUCAACAUAAACUAUCUCACUUAUGGCUCUAAGGACUUCACUUUUGCACCAUAUGGACCCUAUUGGAAGUUCUUGAAAAAAUUGUGCAUGACGGAGCUCCUCGGUGGUCGGACUCUCGACCUCCACCGCCCGAUAAGAGACGACGAAAUGAGGUUGUUUGUGCAAAGGAUUCAUGAGCAAGCUGUCAUAGGGGCAAUGGUUGAUGUUGGAGCUGAGCUUUCAAGGUUGAUGAACAACAUAAUAUCGAGGAUGGCAUUGAGGAGAAGAUCCUCGGAGAAGGAAGAUGGAUCGGAAGAGAUCGGGAAGUUGGUGGGGGAGAUGUGCGAGCUCGCCGGAGAACUUAACGUGGCGGAUAUGAUUUGGUUCUGCAAGAGAUUGGAUCUACAAGGGUUUGGAAGAAGAGUAAGAGAUGUGAGAAAGAGGUAUGAUAUAAUGAUGGAGAAGAUAAUAAAGGAGCAUGAAGAAGAGAGGAAGAGGAAGAAAGAAGAUGGUAAAGAUGAUGGAGUUAAGGAUUUGCUUGAUAUUUUACUGGACAUUUAUGAAGAUAAAAGCUCAGAAAUCAAACUCACAAGAGAGAAUAUUAAGGCUUUUGUUAUGAACAUAUUCGGCGCCGGAACUGAAACAUCAGCGGCGGCGACAGAGUGGGCAUUAGCAGAGCUAAUCAACAACCCAUCCGCCAUGGCCAAAGCAACUCAAGAACUCGACUCCGUCACGCGCGAAAAACGUCUCCUUCACGAAUCCGAUCUCCCCAAUCUCCCCUAUCUCCAAGCCGUCGUCAAAGAGACCCUCCGCCUCCACCCCACGGCGCCGCUCAUCGUCCGGGAGGCCACCGAGCCCUGCGCCGUCGCCGGCUACCACAUUCCGGCCAAGACCCGCCUGCUCGUCAACGUCUGGGCCAUAGCCCGCGACCCAGACCACUGGCCCGAACACCCGUUCAACCCGGAUCGAUUCUUGAACCGUCCGGCUGGUUCCGACCUUCAGAGCUUUGAUCUUAUGCCGUUUGGGAGCGGCCGCCGGAGCUGCCCCGGCGCCGCUCUGGCUCUGGUGGCGGUGCCGGCAGUUCUUGGGAGGUUGAUUCAGUGCUUUGAGUGGAGGGUUGACGGCGGCAGCGGCGUUGAUAUGGAAGAAGGGCCUGGAAUCUCUCUCCGACGAGCUCAUUCCUUGGUUCUAGUCCCUGUGCCUAGGCUUCAUCCUUUUCCUUCUAUCUAAGGGAAUGGAUUCUGUUUUCACUUUUCUAGUUGUUGAUUUCUCGUCAUGUUUAAAAUAUCAAUGUGGACAAAAAUAUCAAAGUCACAAUUUUAUCGAAUUAUCGACAAAAUAAAUAUGAAGUAUCA